GUCAUUGUGCUCAGAGUAACUCUAACACUGUAUGGUCUGAUUUGUUCGCAGUCAACUACGCAACUGUUGUUAUAGUUGCUGGCGUUGCAGCAAACUGAUAGCUCAGCAAAUUGAUCACUUUUCUCUCUCACGUUUCACUUUUCGUGCAGGCUCUAUUGAUAAACCAUCGCCAUGGCGUGUGAUCAACCCCAACCCGGCUCUGCCGGCAACCCUCGGAAGUUCCGGAACCAGGACUACGAAUCUCUGCGCGCCGCUUGUCUGAAGUCGCGUUCGCUCUUCUCGGACCCGGAGUUCUCGGCAGACCAGAAGUCCAUCGGCAUGCCGGCAGACCCCGACCCAAGCAAUGCGGUCAAAUGGCUGCGCCCCAAGGAGAUCAGCCGCGAUGCCAAGUUCAUUCAGGACACCACAGACACCACAGACAUCUGCCAAGGUCAACUGGGAGACUGCUGGCUCCUGGCUGCCCUGUCCUGCCUUACUUUGCACCCCCGUCUCUUUACGCAGGUGGUACCAUCCGAUCAGAGCAUGGAUGAGCCCUAUGCUGGCAUCUUCCACUUCAGGUUCUGGCAGUACGGCGAGUGGGUGGAGGUCGUGGUGGACGACAGGCUGCCCGUGCGGAGCGGCCGCCUGCUCUUCAGCUACUCUCGGACCCGCAAUGAGUUCUGGAGCGCCCUGGUGGAGAAGGCCUACGCCAAGUUGAUUGGGUCCUACGGCAGUCUGAAGGGAGGGAAUAUUUCGGAAGGGAUGGAGGACUUCAUGGGGGGCAUUGCCAGGGCACUGCCUGUCUCUGCCCGCACCCCCAGGGUGCUGUGGAGAGCUAUCGGUGCCUCCCUGUCCCGGGGAACUCUGAUCAGCUGCUUCAUACAGGCUCCAAGCAUGCAGGAUAUCGGGAGGGUGAAUUCACAGGGGCUGGUGAUGGGCCAUGCCUACGCCAUCACCGAAACAAACAAGGUGCAGAAGGAGUCUGGGGAGGUGUUACUGCUGAGACUACGAAACCCCUGGGGUUUCGUGGAGUACUGUGGACCCUGGAGCGACAAGUGUGAUGACUGGGACAAGCUGGACAGCUCUGAGAAGAACAAGAUCAAGCUGAUCAAGGCUGAGGACGGAGAGUUCUGGAUAAAUGUGGAGGACUUCAGCAAGCUCUUUGAGAUGGUGGAAAUGUGCAGUGUGAAUCCAGACUCUCUUCUGGAGGAGGGACAUGAGGUUUCCCCCACUGCCUGGACCAUCAGCUCCUACCACGGCUCCUGGGUCCCAGGGUGCUCUGCGGGAGGAAGCCGCAAAUUCCGGCGUUCGUUCUGGCAGAACCCGCAGUACCGUCUCAUCCUCUCGGAGAGGGACGAGGACGAGGACGACGACGAUGACGACGACGACGGCGAGGACGACACCGGGGACGAUGACGUGGCGGAGGAGGGGGCAGGGGAGGCGGUGCGCGUGAUGACCCCGGAGGAGCGCGCGGCCCGGAGGCAGAGGGAGAAGAGGCUGCAGUGCACCGUGGUGGUGGAGCUCCUGCAGAAGCACAGGAGGCAGAGGGACAAAGUUAACUUCCUCUACAUCGCCUUCCACAUCUACAGGGUUCCUCCUGAGCUUCAGGACAGCCUCACUCCCUUGAGUCAGCGGUUCUUUUCCUCGAAUCGCCCGGUGGCUCGCUCAGGGAAGUACCGGGCCAUGCGAGGGGUGCGCAGAAAGAUCCACCUGGACCCCGGGCACUACGUCAUUGUGGUCUCCACCUUCCGACCCAACCAGCCGGCGGACUUCUUCCUGCGCAUAUUCGCCAAGACUGGGAACACCCUGGGGGAGAAAGACUUUAUCUGCGCCUCAGAUUUCCUCAUGGCAGUACAGUCGAAGCCAGUCAUAGAUGAGGAUCACAACAGAGUGAGGAAGCUGUUUGACCAAGAGGCCGGGCCGGAUGGCAGGCUUGAUGCAGUGCAGUUUCAGAACUUGGUGAACUCAGUCCUGGAUAAAGAUUACCAGCUCCCCUUGGACACUUGCAGACAGCUCAUCCUGUCAGAAGACGCGGAGGGCCGCAGCAGACCAACCCUGCCACAGACGGAGAAGCUGCUGUCCUCGCUGCGCACUCUGCAGUCCAUCUUCCUCAAGUAUGAUGAAGACUCCUCUGGAACAAUGAGCCCCUUUGAGUUAAGCCUGGCACUGGACGCUGCUGGUCUGAAGUGCAGCAGAGAGGUUCAGGAGGCGCUGUGGGGGAGAGUUGGCGCGGGCGAGCUCCACCUGCCCUUCCAUGGCUUUGUCUCCUGCGUCACCAAACUCCACAUGCUCUUUGCGCUCUAUGAGUCAGAGAGCAGCACUGAGGUGAAGGAGCGUGGCAUUCAUGCAUGGCUCCUCAAGUUUCUGGUGGUGUGAGCUCACCUUCAACCCCACAUGAUCACAGAGGGGUCACAGCUGUGUGUCUGUCUGCACCAUACCCUCCAUAUCCUCAGCCUACAGUGCCAUUGCCCAUCACUACUACUGACUAUUGGUCCUGGUGUAUUCUCCUUACUGUGAAACAUAAGACUAGCUCUAGAGAUAAAGGCUGUAGCUUUACUGUGAGAUCCAACUAACUAGUGCCUUUCUUACUGCUAGCAGGAAUGGCUCAAGCCUCUUUAACACCACUCUCUUUAACAAUUUUUACCAAUGCAUGAAUUUUAUUAUAGAAUACAAUAUAUAGUCAUAAUAGUGUAAUAUCAUUAUAGUAUAUUAUAAUGUUUAUUCACCUUUGUCUGUAUCUCUUACGCUCAUAGUUUCUUUGUUCCAGAGCUAUUUGAAAAAGUGCAUGGCUGAUAUCUACCAAUAAACUGUUCUGUCAUG